CUCAAACCAUAUUGGUAGUUUGAUCCACUUUGUCUGUUAUUAAUGUUGAUUGUUUCUGAUGUGCUCUGUGUUACAGUGGUACAGAGUCAGUAUGACUGGGGAGUGACUUACACUUCUACUAAGAUCUGUGCCUUCAAAGGAUCAACAGUGGACAUAAGCUGCACCUACAGAUACCCAUCCAGAAUAAAUAACCACAAAACUACAGUUGAGAAAACAUUCUGGUUUAAAGGUGAUAAAAUUGUGGAUCUGAAAACAAAGUCAGAGUAUUCAGGUCGUGUGGAGUAUAACUGUGAUAUGAACUACUGCACUCUGAGAGUCACAGACCUGAGAGAGAGCGACUCAGCUGAGUACAAGUUCAGGUUCAUAACAAACCAACCAGGUGGGACAUAUACUGGUUCACCUGGAGUCACUCUGUCUGUCACAGAUUCAGAUCUCCAGGUGCAGGUGAGCAGAUUUCAGGGGUCUUCUAACUGGGCAGAGCUGAAGUGUCACAGCAGUUGUCUUCCACCUGGUCAUCAUUACUACGUCUGGUACAAGAAUGGACAGAACAUUUGGGGACAAACAUCUAAUUCUUAUUCAGCCUACUUUGAUCCUGCAGACAGUUUUUCCUGUGCUUUAGGAGGAUAUGAGAAGUCCCGCUCUCCUUCAGUGUGUGAGUUUACAUCCAGUCUUCCACUGACAUGACACCAUCUGGUGGAGCC